AUGAGGAACGACUCGAAUUUUAUCAAUGCUGGCAAGAGAGAUAGGAGAAGACAGUUACCUUCCACCUUCUUCUUCUUCUUCUUCUUCUUCUUCUUCUUCUUCUUCUUCUUCUUCCACCUCCUCCUCCUUUUACAUAUUCUUCUUCUUCUUCUUCCACCUCCUCCUCCUUUUACUUCUUCUUCUUCUUCUUUUUCUUCCACCUCCUCCUCCUCUUACUUCUUCUUUUUCUUCUUCUUCCACCUCCUCCUUUUACUUCUUCUUUCUCUUCUUCUUCCACCUCCUCCUCUUUUUACUUCUUUUUCUUCUUCUUCCACCUCCUCCUUCUUCUUCUUAUUCUUCUUCUUCUACCUCCUCCUCCUUUUACUUCUCCUUCUUCCUUUUCUUCUUCUUCCACCUCCUCCUUUUACUUCUUCUUUCUCUUCUUCUUCUUCUUCUUCUUCUUCUACCUCCUCCUCCUUUUACUUCUCCUUCUUCUUUUUCUUCUUCUUCCACCUCCUCCUUUUACUUCUUCUUUCUCUUCUUCUUCUUCUACCUCCUCCUCCUUUUACUUCUCCUUCUUCUUUUUCUUCUUCUUCCACCUCCUCCUUUUACUUCUUCUUCUUCUUCUUCUUCUUCUUCUUCUUCUUUUCUGUUUCUCCUCCUUCUUUCUUUCGUUAUUUCUUUCUUUCUUUCUUUCUUUUUUCUUUCUUUCUUUCCUUCGUGCUUUCUUUCUUUCUUUCUUUCUUUCUUUCUCCACUUCUCCGUUCAACUUGA